AUGAAGUUAAUAAACCAUCUUGAUCCCAAUAGGAAUUUUGGUUACAUCCAAGAGACAUAUUCCCAAGCUAUAAAACCAUACGUCCUAAAUCAGCCUACAAUUGUAGAACCUUAUGAUAAACCAAGUCAAUUUCCUGGAAGAGCUGUGUUUGGCUUGGAGAAGCUCCGUGUUGGUAGUGAUGCUGCAAAUAGGCCUGUUGGACACAGUGAUAGGUUUUCGACACCAAAGAAAGGUGAAAUAUUCUCAGACAUAUUGGAACAUCUGUUAGUUCAAGUUGAUUCAGAGGGCAAUGUACAGUGUUCAGAACUCAUUGGCAGUAUUACUUUACGUAGUUUUCUUCCUGAAGGAUGUGUUCUUACUAUGGCGCUAAGUGAUGAACUUUGUAAACUACAUGUUGUCAAUAGUUUUGGGCUGCAACUCGAGGAUUACAAUCUUCAUCCUUCUGUAAACAGCGAGGAGUUUGAGUCAAGCGGAAAGCUCUCUGUUAUGCCUUUGGUUGGUGAGUUUGCCAUGAUGAAUUAUCGCAUGUCUGGAACAAUUCUGGAAAGAAACCUUCCUUUCACCGUUGAAAUGAUGUUCGAAGAUUCCUGUUCCUCAAAAUCCAUAGAUGUUUCCUUGAGAAUAAACUGCAAUAUACCCACGGACAAAUAUGCGGAUAAAGUUCUCGUCCAAUUCAACGUCCCAAAAGACACCAGGAGUGUGUCUUGUUCUGGGCAGACUGUAGAGUUUGUCGAAGAUAAAAAUAUGAUAACUUGGCAUAUUGCACAGUUCCAAGGUGGGACAUCAAUAAGAGCGUUGUUUAAGUUAAAUGGAUCAUUUGAUGAAGAUUUUCAAAGUCGACGCGAGUUAGAUGCAAUCAACAUUCGAUUUGAAAUUCCUCUCUUUCUCUGCUCUGGAGCGAGAGUGAAAUCUUUGAGGAUCUCUGGUGGCGCGGCAAAAAUUGAACACACCACGAAGUGGGCCAGGCAAAUUACGUACAGUGAUUCGUACGUUAUACGAGUGUGAUAAGUUAUGGCAACCCCGAGAAAUCAAGAAAAUAAAUGUGGAUGGUAGUAGCAUCGUGUGUAAAUUCUAUUCCUCCAACGCGUGUGUCUGGCUCUGCGAUGUAGAAUGACCGUCAGAGAAUGACCGUCAAAGUCAUCAACAGCGCCAUUUUUAAAAAGAUAACACAUUAUAAAGAAAAAGUGGUCAAUAUGGACAACUUCAUUACCGACCGAAAAGUAGAAAUAGCCGGAAAAUAUAUAUACAUUUAGUAUGAAAUGUUUUUUUGCUCAAAAUGAGCGUUUUAGCAUUUCUCUGUCACAAAUGCAACGACUGUAAUAAAAUUCAGGUUGUUAACAU